AUGGAGAACAUAUCAAGGUCAGUAAACAGAGCGAAGAGUAAAGCACAUAUUUAUCUGUAUUAUAUGCUCGAGAUGUCGAGUAAUCAAUGUUAUCAAUCGUUAAUGGAUUCCUUGUUUGUUCAUCGACUCCUACGUUUUAAUUUUCUAUUAAUUUCGAGGAACCCUGAUUCCCCUUCCAACUGGUUAAUCCAAGAAUCUGGUUGUCAACAAUUGGCGAACAGGAAACAAGGUGGAUAUUUUGUCACAGCUGUCUCAGCAUCUAUUGCUGGCAGAACGAAUCUACAAUUCAGGAUGAGGUUAAAAAUAAUAUGGCUGAUAGCCAUAAUUUAUUUGGCAUGUGAAGUGUCUGGUUUCACCGAUGGAAGUUACCAGGUAUCAGAGUACGAGGACCUGGUGCCAGCUGCUUCAGAGAAGAAGUACGAGAAGGGGGGCAGUGAGGAGGGUCACGAGGAUCACUACGGGGAGAGUGGGGAGAAGGGUGAGAAGGGCUACAAGAGCCACCACGAACACGAGGAGGGAAAGAAGGGGCAUCACGACAAGGAGAAGCAUCAUGGCCAUUACGAGGAGGAGGAGGGGGGCAAGAAGGGACAUCAUCAUAAGGAGGGGUACGACGAGCAUCAUCACAAGGGGGAGAAAGGACAGAAGGGGCACAAGUUCCAUGAGAAGGAGGAGUGGAAGAAGGGCCACAAUACCAAGGGACAACAUCACAUUCACAAGCUGAAUGAGUUCAAGAAGGACAAACACUUCUGGGACGAGGAUCAUGAUGCUGCCAAUGAGCAUAAAUACGGUGGAGAUCAUCACGAGCACAAGUUUGAAAAGGGUGGACAUUUCAAGAAGGGACAUGGAGAGAAGAAGGGUCAUGAGCAUCAUUAUGGGAAGAAGGGGCAUCACAAGAAGGGACAUCAUCAUAAGGAUCACGAGGGACACAAGGGGGAGAAGGGACAUGAGGAUCAUCAUCAUCAUCAUUCUAAACAUGGGAAGAAGGGCGGACACAAGGAUGGAAAGCACUGGAGUUUCAAGAAAGGUCAUUAAU